UCACACACCCACUUCAUUUCAUUUCCCCUGUUCUUCUACUCGUAUUUUCUAGAAAUUAUGCUUCUCAGAACCCCUCCCACCCUCUCUUUUCUGAGAGGAGCCACCGUCGAUGACAAUUCCGGCCGUUCUAUGUUCUCACCUUCUUCUGUUUCCAAGCCGUCGGCUAUCGUUUGUGCGGCGGCGAAAGGUGGUUCUUCGAACCAUCGGCCAAUUGCUGGGGUUGUGUUUGAACCAUUUGAGGAGGUGAAGAAGGAGCUCAAUCUUGUUCCUUCCGUUCCUCAACAGUCUAUUGCUCGCCAAAAAUAUGCCGACGAAUCUGAAGCUUCUAUUAACGAACAGAUCAAUGUUGAGUACAAUGUUUCCUAUGUAUACCAUGCUAUGUAUGCCUACUUUGAUAGGGACAAUGUUGCUCUCAAGGGUUUAGCCAAGUUCUUUAAAGAGGCUAGUGAAGAGGAAAGGGAGCAUGCCGAGAUAUUCAUGGAGUACCAGAACAAGCGAGGUGGGAAAGUGAAGUUACAGUCGAUUUUGAUGCCCUUGUCCGAGUUUGAUCAUGAAGAGAAAGGAGAUGCUUUGUAUGCCAUGGAGCUUGCAUUGUCGUUGGAGAAGUUGACGAACGAGAAACUUCUAAACCUUCGCGAGGUAGCCACCAGGAAUCAUGAUGUACAAUUAACCGAUUUUGUAGAAAGCGGGUUUCUGGGGGAACAGGUGGAAGCCAUCAAAAAGAUAUCCGAGUAUGUUGCUCAACUACGAAGAGUCGGCAAAGGGCAUGGUGUUUGGCACUUUGAUCAGAUGCUUCUGAGAUGAAGGUGCUGCUGCUUGAUGGAGGAAAGUGUUCUUGUUUCCAUGUCUUCUAGUUGUAAGCUUAGGAUGUGUGGUGAUGUUAUCGUCGGUAACUUUUUGUGUGUUGGAGCCUUUUGUUAUGCUAGUGGUCGUAUGAAACUUACUAUAAGAGGUAUGUGAAAUCUUGUGGGUUCGAUUUUGUGUUUCGUGUUAUGAAGAAAACCGGGACUCAUUUA